AUGAGGCGGCUGCUCUUCCCGCUCUCCCUGCUGCUGUGCUUUCCCUCCGGCGCCGUGUUGGCCGAGCCGGGCCAGCCGAGGAGAAGCGGCUGCCCGACCCCCUGUCAGUGCGAAGAGGACGGCGUCCUGGUGCGGGUGGAGUGCUCGGAUCUGGGGCUGGCGGCGAUUCCUGCAAACCUCAGCGUCUUCACUUCCUACCUGGAUCUCAGCAUGAACAAUAUCACUGAGCUGCCCCAGAAUGGCCUUCUCAAUUUGCACUUCCUGGAGGAGUUGCGUCUUGCAGGAAAUGACUUGACACACAUCCCCAUGGGAGCGUUUGCUGGUCUUUACAAUCUUAAAGUCCUCAUGUUGCAGAACAACCAUCUGGGGGCAGUUCCCGAAAAGGCACUACAGGACUUGCAGAGUCUCCAGUCACUGCGACUGGAUGCCAACCAUAUCUCUGUUGUGCCACCAGACUGCUUCAACGGACUAGUUUCACUCAGACAUCUCUGGUUGGACGACAAUGCCCUGACAGACAUCCCAGUCAAAGCUCUGAGCAGUUUACCUUGUCUACAAGCCAUGACCUUGGCCCUGAACAGAAUUCCUCAUAUCCCAGACUAUGCAUUUGGGAACCUUUCCAGUUUGGUAGUUCUGCAUCUCCACAACAAUCAAAUCCACUCCCUGGGAAAGAAAUGCUUUGAUGGUCUCCACAGCCUAGAAACUUUAGAUUUGAACUACAACAAUCUGGAUGAAUUUCCCGUUGCAAUAAAGACAUUAACAAAUCUUAAAGAACUGGGGUUUCACAGCAACAACAUACAGUCAAUCCCUGAACGUGCAUUUGUUGGCAAUCCAUCGCUUCUAACAAUCCAUUUCUAUGACAAUCCCAUUCAGUUUGUUGGAAAAUCUGCUUUUCAACAUCUACCUGAGUUACGUAUACUCUCACUUAAUGGAGCCACAGAAAUAACUGAAUUUCCCGACCUUACUGGAACCACAAGUCUAGAAAGUCUGACUCUGACAGGAGCACGAAUUGCCUCUCUACCAAGCACUGUUUGCAAGCAGUUACCAAAUUUGCAAGUUUUAGAUCUGUCUUACAACUGGAUCAAGGAACUCCCAAGUUUCUUUGGCUGCCAGAAGCUUCAGAAGCUUGACCUGCAUCACAACAAAGUUUAUGAAAUCCAGCACGGCACUUUCCGACAGCUCACUGCCCUGCGAUCGCUUGACCUUGGCUGGAACAAAAUUGAAUUUAUUCAUCAAGAAUCAUUUCUUUCUUCACCAUCUUUAACCAAAAUUGACCUCAGCUUCAACCUCCUGUCAUCUCUUCCUGUGUCUGGACUAAGUGGGUUAACACAUCUAAAACUAACUGGCAAUCAAGCUCUACAAGAUUUGUUGCCAAUAGAAAGUCUCCGUAACUUGAGAGUGCUAGAAAUGCCAUAUGCUUACCAAUGUUGUGCAUAUGGAUCUUGUGAAAAUUCCUACAAACUUAUCCAUCAGUGGGAGAAAGUGGAGAACACCAGUGACGAUGAAGUACAUAAACGGGAUGCUGGAAUGCUGUCUGGUCAAGAUGAUCAGGACCUUGACGAUUUGCUAAUAGACUUUGAGGAAGAUCCUAAAGUCCAUCAUUCUGUCCAGUGCACUCCAACUCCAGGACCCUUCAAGCCCUGUGAUCACCUGUUUGGCAGUUGGAUGAUACGUCUUGGUGUGUGGACCAUUGUUUUCCUCUCUCUUGCCUGCAAUGGUUUAGUCACCACAACAGUUUUUGGAUCUCCAGCAUUCAUUUCGCCACCAAAACUUUUAAUAGGCCUUAUGUCACUAGUUAACACUCUAAUGGGGGUUUAUAGUGGUAUUUUGGCAGUUGUGGAUCUGUGGACAUUAGGCAAAUUUGCAAACUAUGGAGCAUGGUGGGAGAAUGGAAUUGGAUGUCAAGUUGCAGGUUUUCUCUCUGUUUUUGCUUCGGAGAUGUCCAUUUUCUUACUUACGGUUGCAGCAGUUGAACGCAGUCUAUCCACAAAAUGCGAUAUGAAACAAGGGAAAACCCUGGGUAGCAUCAAGAUAGCAGCUACCUUCUGUGUGAUUCUGGCAUCCAUAAUUGCAAUGCUUCCACUGUUCCACAUAGGGGAUUAUGGGAUUUCUCCGCUUUGCUUUCCUUUACCCUUUGGGGAACCAUCCACUUUAGGCUUUCUUGUGGCUUUAGUCUUGCUGAAUUCUCUUUGCUUUCUUGUGAUGAUAAUAACCUACACUAAGCUUUACUGCGGUUUGGAAAAGGGAGACUUGCACAGCCUGUGGGACUGCUCAAUGGUAAAGCAUGUUGCCUGGCUGCUCUUCAAUAAUUGUAUUCUGUAUUGCCCUAUGGCUUUCCUGUCGUUUUCGUCCUUGCUGAACCUCACGUUUAUUAGCCCAGAGGUAAUCAAGUCAAUACUUCUAGUGAUUCUACCAUUGCCAGGAUGCCUCAAUCCCUUGCUUUACAUUCUUUUUAACCCACAUUUCAAAGAUGAUCUUGGACUUCUGAGGAAGCAUGGUCGUUUAUUGAGGAGAUCAAAGCAGAGAAGCUUGGCCUCUAUAAAUUCAGAAGAUGCAGAGAAACAGUCAUGCGAUUCUACUCAAGAACUGGUGACACAUCCAGGCAGUAGAACUGCCACUGGCAAAUCCUGUGACUCAGCAAACGAUACUUUCAGACCAUCCACUUACCAGAUGAUGGAGACCUGACAACAUGUCAACAGUAAAUUUUAUUCACUGUCAUUAGAUUGUAAUGGUGAAGGACCAAGAAAAUAAUUCACGUAAGAUUAAGCUGGU